AUGGCCCGUCUGCCAGAAUUGCCGGAACUGCCACUGUCCUUGGGCUCUGGCACUGGGCUACCAGACUUGCCGCACAUAGAUCUUGCUGCUCCUGUUUCUGCCAGGGUGGUCCCAACCCAGAGGGGAGGCGGUGGCGAGCUGGGAGUGCAGGCCCAGGCCAUUCUGGUUGCACUGUCUGAGACGUUCAAGCCGUGUUUGAAGGAGGUCCUCAAGACUUUGGGGUGGAACGCUUCUACGAGGAUGGCAGGCUUUCUCGCGAAAUGCACAGGUUUGAGCAGGGGAUGUGUGGAGAAGAGACUGAAGACUCUGGAGCAGUCGGGAUGGGCACCGGCUCCUCAUCCAGGUGGUGCCGGUCGCAAGCGCAAGGCGCCGCCAGAGGAGCCGCCGGCGUCAUUGUCACUAGUUCAAGAAGUGGCGACUGCAAUGGAGGAGUCCGAGUUUCAACCAGCAUCCGGGAGUGCUGCGGCACCAAGCACAACCGAGCUGCGCGAGAUUGUUGCACCGACGGAGUAUUGGCAGAAUACGACAAGGCGUCAUUGUCAAUGCCCGUACAAAGGCUUGGCUUCGCUGUGUGACGCUGAAUCGCGGCAGCAGCUCGUGGGCUUACGACUUGCGUGCCUUAGUCUGAAGCUGAGCUCGUUGGGAUCCCUGCACGCCUAUCCUGAAUUGGUCGAUCUUUUGGACUCGUACUUGCCUGGAGAGUUCGGCGAGCUGCAACAUUCAAUGUCAUUCGCAACUGCCAUUGUCAAGGAGAGUGCCAAAGCAGCGAAGGCCCAUCUGGCCGCCGGCCUGCAGCAGACACUCAGAGCGCUUAACAUGCCUUCUGAUGUUGCGCUCACAUCAGAUGGGGUGACAACCCGGGUAGGAGAAUCGAUCCAGGUGGUGAUGAGCUACAGUUUUGACAGCAGUGGGGAGCCUGUAAUCGCGCUGCUUGACGGGGCUUCGCUGAGGCCGGACCUGGGUGCCCUUCCUCGUGUUGCACCGGCGCCAGUGCAGGAGCUCGAUGAAAACCUGACUUUGCAAGAGCUGGUGGAGUUGAGAGCACCAGAGCCAGCCAGUGCCAAAAAGAGGCUCUUCGUCGACCUGCACUCCGGGCCGAAGCUGGUGCAGAAUCUCCUCCUCGUCGCUGGCCGCUUUGGAGUCCGAGAGCCAGACAUGGCACUUAGAUUUGCGGUACAUUGCGGGGACGGGCUCAUCGAGGGGCCUUUUGGGUGCAAUGCCGGCAACAUGUUUGCCGAGCAGCUGGGCAUUGCACAGCGGGGCGGUCUUCGGGCGUGGGGUGCCCUGGACACGUUUCAUGCCUGCGAGAAGGCAGGUGCUCACAGUGACCAUUCAGAGCUGCAGACGAAUGGUUCAAGAUACUUCACAGAGUUCAAGGCACUCGCUGCGAAACUCCAGCUGCCCUUAGUCGCGCUACUGGCACCCGUUUCCUCGAGCACGAGAACGGUGACCUACGUAUCGUCCCGUGUGCCCAAGGAGCUGAACCUCAUUGUCAACUUGCCGGUGCUCGCGGCGGGCGGUAUAUUCAGCAUGACGGAGUCCAUCGAGAACGCCCGACGGAAAGCAGAACGUCCAGGCAAACUCUGUGGCCUCAAGACACAGGACCCGGAACUUCACAUUCCCAGUUCAUCCAAUGUCUGCCUUAUGCUUGUAAUGUUGCCUGCAAUGUGUGACAAAGUUUGCGACCACCAUGAUCUUGACUGUUCUUAUGCUGAGGACACCAAGGCCGCACGCUCCUUCAUCCAGAGCCUGUUGGACCCUGGCCUCCUUCUUUUCACGACACUUCAUUUCGAACACAGGAAAAGACAUCUACUCAGCGUUGCUUUCCGAGGCCAGGAGGCGACAAAGGUGGGCCAUGUGAAACAUCUGGCAGCCUUCCACACAUGGCAACUCAUGAAGUCAGACCAACUUGUCAUGUCCGACCUCAAGACGCUUCUGACGGUGUGGGAGACGAUGGGCCAGUAUUUGGGCACAAGUCGGAACAUGCUGAUUGGCUUGAAGAUGCUGCACCUGGCAUGGCGCUCCUAUCCACUGUCAAUCUCUAUGCUCACUGAGCUCAUGUUCAAAGCUGAGAUCCGGGGUGUUUCUUUGGGCAUCAAACCGAAGGAGAACAGCCCCUGGGCCGAGCCCGGAACAAAGCCCCUUCACGACAAGCAGGAUCGGAAGCUGUAUGAUUUCUCCGGGAAAUAA